AUGUCUUCUUCUCUCAGCAAGGUGUUUGGGAUUAGCGUUUUUUAUUUGGCUUAUCAGUUAGAAAAUGAUGGUGAAAAACUUUACGACUUUGUUAGAAGGAUUAAUGAUUAUUACGAAGUUAAUUCUGCUACUUUUAAAUUUGUCAUUAGUCGGAGUGAUAAAACCUUUUUCAAAAACUCCUUAACCUUACAAAAAGAAUUAGGGGAAAUUGUAGUCAAAGAGCAAGGCUUAAAAAAAAUAAAAGGUCUGGGGGGCUUGCCGGUAGGCAGUUCAGGGAGGGUUCUAUUACUUUUGAGUGGUGGAAUAGACUCACCAGUAGCCGCUUACCAAUUAAUGAAAAGAGGUUUAGAAGUUAUUUAUUUACAUUUUUACCAUCAAAAGGAAGACCAAAAAAAAAUAUUUGACCUUAGUGAAAAAUUAAGUCCUUAUAAUAACUUUUCUAAUCAAGUUUAUUUAGUUGAUACUCAACCCCUUUUCACCGAAAUUAGCCAUAUUAGCCAAGCAAAAUACCGCCUAAUCAUUUUAAAACGAAUGUUUAUUCGUUGUGCUUGUUUUUUAGCCGAAAAAUUGGCAAUUGCCGCCCUCGCCACUGGUGAUGCCUUAGCCCAGGUGGCUUCGCAGACCAUUGAAAGUUUAAGCGUGAUUUCGCAA